ACGUCAUGAGCUGCUGAGUUCUGUUCACCUCCACCGUUCUCCUCUGCCAGGGCACUGCGCCUCUCUCUCUCUCCCUCUACCUCUCCCUCUCUCUCUCUCUCUCUCUCUCUGCAUACAUGACUGAUCAUUGGACUUUUUCUUUCAUGCAGUCUCUUCCUCUAGCGUCACAGUUAGGUGACAAACAGAAGAGGUUGCUCUGUUUGUUCUCUUUGUGAGCACACCCUCCCUCUCUAGUCCUCUCAGGUCUUAAACCCUAGUUCCUCUCUCUCUCAAUCUUUUAUUUUGGGCCAGUUCUGCUCCCACUCAAUUCUUGCUGGUGUGAAAAAGCGGUUCUUUUGAAUUUGGCCUAUGUUGAGCUGAUGCUCCUUUUGGGGCUCCAUAGAUAAUCAGGAUGUCUGCAGAUAAUGCUGUUUUUGUGGCAUGGGAAGAGCGAAUCAUAUCACAGGAGCGGGGCAACCGCAUAGUCCACUUUUACUUGAAGGAUAGUUCAGGGAAUUAUAUCCGUGCUGUUGUAGGAACUGAGAGGAGCAUAAGGCAUAUGAUCUAUGUUGUUUCAGAUGAGUUCAUGCAAGCUUACAGGUUUGAAAGAUCAAUCAAUGCGUGCACCAAAUGGAGAGCACGGAGGGAGGUGGUAGAGUGGCUCACAUCGUUGGUCUCAAAGCAUCAGCGCAUGUUGUACAUUUCAAAUUCACGGACAAAUGACACAGCACAAGCUCCAGGAUCUGUCGAAUUGUCAAUGAGUGGAUUGAGUGCACAUGAGACCCAUAUACAAGAUCAGAUGAAUUCAAGGAAGUUGAAAGUUCAUAGUUCAGACAUUGUAUGGUCAGGCAUUGCUUGGAUCUGUAGUAAACAGCUUAAACACUACCCAGCCUUUUGCAGGAAUGGAGCUACCAUAGCUGUUCAUUCUUUUGUAUUCAUCAUGGCCGAAGAAGAAAGCCACUAUAUUGGCUAUUUGGAAGAUAUGUAUGAAGACAAGAAGGGACAAAAAAAGGUGAAAGUACGGUGGUUUCACCACAAUAAAGAAGUCAAGAGUAUAGUUUCUCAGCUGAAUCCACACCCUCGAGAAGUUUUUGUCACACCUCAUGUUCAAGUUAUCAGUGCAGAAUGUGUUGAUGGUCUUGCAACAGUUUUAACCCCUAAGCAUUAUGAGAAAUGCUUGGCUCUUGUCCCACAUAGUUUGGCAUCUGGAAUUCAUAUGUGCUUCAGGCAGUUUAGAAACUGUAAAGUCAAGCCCUUCACAUUGACUAAAUUACGAGGGUACUCUAAUCAAGAAAUCCUCUCUUGUUUAGAUAAUGCUGUUGUCUCCAAACAUGAACUCAAGUGCCAUCAAGUGCAUGGGGAAGAAGAGGACCAGACUACCCAUGGGGAUUUGAUGAGGGAGGGUGCUACGUGGAAUAGCAGUUGCGGGGGCAAUGAUACUGUUUGCCUUGGUGCAGCCCCAGAAAUGCAGAUAACAAAAUCUGAACCAGCAUGCCAGAGUUUGAAAUUAAGGAUAUCAAGGAAACCAACGGGCAUUCAGUUUGUUAAGCCUCAGCCCAAUUAUCCUCUAUUCUUAAAGGUCAAUGAUAAGAUAGAGCUGCUUUGUCAAGAUAGUGGCAUCCGAGGUUGCUGGUUCAGGUGUAAGAUCUUGCGGGCAUCUCAAAAGAAUGUGAAAGUUCAAUAUGAAGACGUACAGGAUGUUGAAGGAUCUGGCAAUCUUGAGGAAUGGGUCCCUGCAUCCAAAGUGGCAUCCCCUGAUAAACUGGGCAUGAGAUGCUUAGGCCGUCUUACAAUCAGGCCACGCCCAAUUGAUGAUUCUGUUGGCUGUAAUUUGGAUCUUGGAGCACCAGUGGAUGCAUGGUGGAGUGACGGCUGGUGGGAGGGUUUUGUUAUUGGAGUGGACCCCUCUGUAGAUGAUAACCUGCAAAUAUAUUUCCCUGGUGAAGAUAUGUUCCUGAUGAUCCCAAGAAAGAAUCUGAGGAUUUCUCGUGAUUGGAUCGGUCACAGAUGGGUUGAUAUAAAAGCAAAGCCCAGUGUACUCUCUAGCAUUGCCAAGGCAUCCAAUUCUGUCAACACUGUAUUGCUUGACCAGUUUCUCACUAAAUCCAAACUUGAAGUAGUUGAAGAAGAUGGACAAGAACAACCUGGUUCAACCUCAUCUGAAAACGUCCCAGAAAUUGAGACGACAGGUAAGUUGAGGAAGCGAUGCCGUACUGAUGAAGAAGACGAAGUAAAGAAUGGCAGUGGUGCUGCUGCUGGUGCUGGUGAUGAUGAUGAUAAAAGCAAUGAUUACCCAUCUAUUUUUGAGGCAAAAGGGUCACCUAAGUUGUCCAACUAGAAGGAUAAUGUGUUUGCGGAGGUUUUCACUAUGAUGGUUAAUCUCCAAAAUGGAUUCCAUUGUUUUUGUAAAUAAGGGAGGUUUUGUUGAGGUUGGAGCCUUACCCUGGAUCGGAUAGGCCGGGUGGGGGGGAAUAAUUUUGAAGCAAGGUUCUGCAUCUCUCAAUGUCGACUAGGGUUUUGGAGAGCAACUCACCUUGAGUCUUACAAGCUUGCAUCAUCACCUCUAUUCAGACAUGUAAUGUGUAGUUCCCUGAUUUACCCCAACCCAUUUCCUGUUCCUCUUUCCCAUCUUACCUAGCAUAAGUAUAUAUAGGGGCUCUCUUAUAUUGGAGCUUGGAGAGGAGGAUUAAUCCUCUUAACUUCAGCAGGGAUGCAGGUGUACAGCAACUGCAGUGUUUUGUCGUUGAUUCAACUGUUGAAGAGAAACUAGUAUUUUGAAUGCAUGUGGGAAUAAAAAGCAAUUGCUAUUAUUUGUUCCUCC